AUGCAACUGUCACUUCUUCUCGCUGCGCUGUCUGCGCAGGCAGUUCUCGCCGCACCUCGGAUCAAGAGAGAUGCUCUCAAGUCAUGUGUGGAGGAAGUCUUUGGAGGAAACGCGGCUCUGCGCAUAGUGACGCCGACUGAUCCCAGAUACCACGACGCAAGAAUCGGAGAGGCUAUUCAAUUUACACAGAUGCCAGUUUUGAUUGCUUAUGCGGAAAAGCCGUACGAAGUUGCGCCCUUGAUACAAUGCGCAAAGACGAAUGGCAUCAAAGCAGUCCCCAGAACGGGUGGUCACCACUUCCUCGGAUACUCUGCCCUCCAAGACGCUCUCGUCAUCGACAUCACCCACAUUGACUAUGUCAACAUUGCCGCAGACAAGAAGACCGCCACUGUCGGCGCCGGCAUCCGCUUCGGCGCCUUAUACACGGCUCUCGGGCAGCAAGGCCUCGACUGGACGGGUGGCAUCUGCCCCACCGUCGGCAUAUCGGGAUUCCUCUCCGCUGGCGGCUUCAACAUGCAGAUGCGCCAAAACGGCCUCGGCGUCGAUAACGUCGAAUCCGCCAAGGUGGUCACAUCAGACGGCUGCGUCGUGACAGCUUCUCGGGAUGAAAACUCGGACCUCUUCUUCGCCAUCCGCGGGGGCGGCGGCGGAUCGUACGGCAUCGUUAUCGAAUGGACGCUGCGCACAUUCGAGUUCCCCCGCUCCGCCAUGGUGUAUCUGCAGUGGAAUGGCUCCGACACGAGGUUCGAUAUCGCUAAGACGUUUCAUGAGUGGGCUCCUCGCGCGGAUAGCGCCCUCAGCUCGCAGGUGAACUUGUACAAGAACCGUACCGAUGUUAUCGGAUGGUGCUACGGGUGCACUCUCGAUAAGUUGCAGGGCAUGGUGAACGCAUCUGGGCUACUUCACAUUGGCACGCCGGCAGCUUACAUCUCCGGGGGAUGCAACACCAUCAACGCCCGACUCUUCGGAUACGGAGUCAACGAGUGCGGAGCCGACGAGGCGGUCGCCCAAGUCGCACCCUUCGUUGUCAACACAAUCCAGCAACCAUUCAUCCAGAUCCCUGGCUACGCCAACUUCACCUACAAUGAGACGACAAAGGCGCCAGAGCUGCCCCCCGCGCAGCCCUGGGAACGCUUCAUCCGCUUGUCCAAGUCAUUCAUGAUCCAGAAGGACAAGCUGCUCACGGACGACACGAUGAAGAACGCUAUUACCCGCAUCGACGAGCUCGACGAUGCUGCUCAGGGCUGGAUCGAGUGGCACGCGUGGAACAUUUCCGUCUCGGGCGAUGCGGCUUUUGCGUGGCGCGAGAAGGCAUACUCUCACAUGGAGUUCAUCGUGUCCAGUUCCGCGGACGAGAAGGUCCACAAAGACUACGUGGAGUGGUUCAAGAGCCUGGAGGACUAUCUCCGUCCACUGGUUGGAAUGGCAAGCUACUCCGGCUACAUGGACGACACGAUCUCCACCCCACCGCUUGAUUCGUACUAUGGCGCCAACGUCGCAAAGCUGUCUCAAAUCAAGUCAAAGUACGAUCCACAGGGGUUCUUUACGAAUCCUCUGAGUAUCCAAGCCCAAUACCCGAACCAAACGGUGACUGGUGACAGCUGUCUGCAACCUCAGACCAUAAUCUGGCUCAAAACCGCGGACCAAUCCUUUGCAAUACACAAGUCGCUCCUGGUCGAGUCCUCAAAGUACUUCCAACGCUGCCUCGACGGCCCCUUUGCAGAGUCCCACACCAACACCAUCGACCUAGACGACGACGCGGACGACGGCGACGACAACGUUAACAUCAACCCGCUGACCCUGGGCACCUACGUAAAGCUUUGCUACUUCACCCGCCUCACGGCCCAGCGCGUCAAGCGCUGCCGCCGCAACGCGGCGGACCACUCGGAGGACUCGUACGAGGUCUCCCCCUUCUCCCUGAAACCCUGCGACAUGCACACGCCGCACGACCUCACGGAGCUCGUCGACAUGUGGUCCCUCUGCGACCGUUUCCAUGACGACCUCCUGCUCGGAAAAGUAUCGACCGCCAUCCGGGAGACGCUCGACGUCGGGGCCCAGAAGCUGGGCGACGCGCACUGCGCCGAGUGGUGGGUCUUCAACUUUGCCAACGGCUACGUCGCGCUGGAGAGCUUGCACCGGAGAGACGACGACGUGGAAGGGCUCCUUGAGCGGUUGAGGGAGCUCUUUGUGCAGAACUGUUCGUCGACGUCGUGGGAGCGCUUGGCAAGCCAGCUACCGAGUGACUUUGUGGUGGCGGCCUCGAUCGCGUUCCAGGCAAAGAUGGCGACCCUAAUGCCACACGAGGCAGCGAUUGCGCGGGUCAAUGGUGCGAGCUUGUGUUAUGAGUGCAAGACGAGGGUUCAGAUGGCUUUGAAGAGAUGA